AUGGCCAUUUUUGCGUGGCUCUCAAGACGCGUAGGCGGCCUCAGUCUUAUUUCUCUGAUAUUCCUCACCUACUGGGUACUCUCACAUGAGUACAUUGCCGCUCGACGUCUCGUCAAACCCGGUUCCGCAAAUAAAGCGCCUACCUCGCGACCUGUAUAUGGCGCUGGUGUAUGGUCCUUCGUUUUUGCCUACUACUCCCUCUUUAUUCACUUCCUAGUAUUUAUUGCUCCGCUCCGCGCAUGCAAGGCCGUUUGGGACAUUACUGCUUCUCUGAGAAAAGAUGCUAGGCUGCAUGCAAUUCGCGACUACAAGAUACAUCGACCUCGAUGCGAGUCGCAGGCAUCCAUCUCGAGCUCCGAAACCCUUCACAUGGAGCGUUUGAGCAUUUCUACGUCAUCGGUUGAGCCAAUAAGUGACACUGAGCCAAGCUCCAUGUCCGAAUCUGAGGAGCCGAAGGCGAUCAGUGUCAUUCACGCCAUCGUCAUCCCCAACUACAAGGAAGAAAUCGAUACCCUUAGAGAAUCGUUGGACGUUUUGGCAUGCCAUCCAUACGCUGCCAUGACCUACGAUGUAUACCUUGGAAUGGAACAGCGCGAAGUAAAGGGAGAAGCCAAAGCUCUUGAGCUCAUCCAAGAGUUUGGUAAAAAGUUUCGUCGGAUGGACUAUACCCUGCACCCCGGCGAUAUUCCUGGAGAAGCUGCUGGAAAGGGAAGCAACAUGGCCUGGGCUGCCAAGAAGCUCAGUGAAAAGUAUUCGAUGAAAACUCGGAACAAUGUGGUGCUCACCAGCAUGGACUCCGACAGCCACCUUGCCGCCAAGUACUUUGCCAAAGUCACAAACAUGCACCUCUCCCAUCCAGACACCGCCCACUCCACGCUCUACGCUGCGCCCAUCAUCUUUGACCGCAAUGCUCACAACGUUCCCGCACUCGUCCGCACCGCCGAUGUUUUGUGGUGCGCCGCCGGCAUGUCCGGCCUGUACAAUGGUUCCGUCCUCUCGCCACCCACUUCAGUCUACUCGGUCCCGCUGGCGCUCGUCGACCGGGUUGGCGGAUGGGACACGGGUGCCGAAGCCAUUGGCGAGGAUCUGCACAUGUUUGUCAAGUGCUUCUUCGCCACCAAUGGGAACCUGACGUGUCGCACCAUCAUGAGUCCCGUCAGCCAAAGCAACGUUACCUCUGGCAGCGGCGCCGGCGGGCUUCGCGGCGCAGCCCGCGACAUCUCGGCGCGGUACAACCAGGCUCUGCGACACAUGUGGGGAGCGCUCGACUCUGGCUUUGCGUUGCGGCAGGGAGCCAAGAUGUGGCAGGACAGAAAGCUCACGAGUCGAACUUUCCGUCCUCUGCACCAGAAUACGGGUCGUGAUUUCGACCUUUACGUCCCAGACAACCAGGUCAACGGUGACGAUGCCGACACGUCAGCAGAGAGCGGCGUCUUUGCAGAUGUAAUUCAGGAGAUCAUCAAGGAGCCACACUGGGGGCGCUUGUUUUACAUGUACCAUCGCCUGUUUGAGGCGCAUUUCCUCCCUGUGCACAUGGCUGUGCUUGUGGUUGCCUCUGGCAUCUGGGCCUGGAUCACGAACGGCAAUGGUGACCCCCACGGUCUCAACUGGACGUUUACAGUGUCCGCCAUCUUGCGUACCGUUGGCUUCAUGGCCAUUGGUGCCUUUCUCUUCCUGUACGAGAGCUAUCAUCGCCUGGCUGUCAAGGCGCGUGAGCGCGAUAUGCGCCAUGCCGGCUUGGACUCGGGCAUGUCCUUCUCCCACCGCUCGUUCAGGAAGAACAUCUUGGACUACUUGCUCAUCCCUCUCGUUGCGCCUCUGUACGGUACAGUGCCGGCUAUGCAGGCGGCGGUGGCGCAGCUUUGGACCACGGAUCUUGUAUACCAAGUCAGCAAGAAAGAGAGUCGACAAAAGACGGAGACGCCGUCUGUUGCUGACUUGGUGUGA